AUGACUUCUAUUCAGGGAACCUGUGAUCCAGCCUUUUCCGCUGUGAGCGACCUCCUAAAGGAGCUGGUCGAUGUGGGCGAUGAGCUGGGAGCUUCCAUCUGCGUCAAUAUCGAUGGACGCAACGUGAUCGAUAUCUGGGGAGGACACGCAGACUGCGACCGCACUCAGCCCUGGAAGGAAGACACCAUCGUGCCGGUAUGGUCCAUCACCAAGACCAUCACAUAUGUCGCAGUAUUAUUACUCGCAGACCGCGGCGUACUCGAUCUAUACGCGCCCGUCGCCCAAUACUGGCCUGAAUUUGCCGUAAACGGUAAAGAGAACAUCCAAGUUCGACACCUCCUUAGUCACACCGCCGGUCUACCAUCCUGGGAUACGCCUCAGGAUCUUCAAUCCCUCUAUAACAUCCCCGAGGCGACAAAGAAACUCGCCCUGCAACGGCCCUGGUGGACCCCCGGCACUGCGUCUGGAUAUCAUGCCAUAAGCCAGGGCUAUCUCCUCGGGGAACUAGUCUGUCGCGUUACGGGCCAGUCCCUGGGCGAGUUCAUCCGAGAGGAACUGGCUGGUCCUCGUGACGCUGAUUUCUAUCUCCCCGUGCCAGAGGACCUGUGGACGCGCAUCGGUCAAAUGGAUUGCAUUCCACCAUUUGACCUCCCAGAGGGAGACACGAUCGCGCUGCGCGCGUUUCGGAAUGUGAAGGCCAUGUCCUCGGAGCAGUGCGAAACGCAGGAAUUUCGACGAGGAGGUGUGGGCUCCAUGAUGGGAUUCUCUAACGCUCGCGGGUUCAACCGCAUCCUGUCGAUUGUGUCCUUGAAUGGAGCUGUGGAUGGAACCCGGUUCUUGUCGCCCGAGACGACCGAUCUGAUCUUCCAAGAACAGAUUAGUGGGGUAGAUCUGGCUCUGGGGUUCUUUGUUCGGUUUGGAAUGGGAUUUGGGUUGCCUCCGGGAGAGGCAAAUAAGUCCAUGGACUGGAUCCCAGACGGUCGCGUCUGUUACUGGGGAGGUUAUGGUGGUUCGUUUGCUAUCAUGGAUCAGGAUCGUAAGAUGACGAUCACGUACGCCAUGAAUAAGAUGGUCAUGGGCACGCUGGGAAACCCCAAUACAGUCAAGUAUGUGCGAGCGAUUUAUGCGGCUUAUGAUAAAUAUAAAUCCAAGCUGUAG